AUCUGGGGCACGGGGCCAGCACGUCUAGCCAGCUCGAAGUGCCACGACUUCACAGCAGACCACGGAUUCUCCAGCGGAGUGAGGGGAAGACCACUGGGAAAAAAAGCUAGUUAGCUAGAUAGCUGGUGAAAUAGGCAGUCCCUUCGUCCACAAGUCAAAGCUUUUUGCCCUCUCUCCGUUCCCAUUUGAAGCGAGCAGACGGAGCUACAUCACCGGCGAGGUUAACUGAAAUUCAACAAUGGAUAUCUACGACCCCCAGACUCUUGGGAUAAUGGUGUUUGGUGGAUUCAUGGUGAUCUCUGCUCUUGGGAUUGCCCUUGUCUCAACCUUCUCCAUGAAAGAGACCUCUUACGAGGAGGCCCUGGCUAAACAACGCAGAGAGUUAGGCAAGACGCAGUCCGCUCGCUCUGAGAAAAAGAAGAAAGACAAAGUAUCUGAGAAGAAAAGCCGUGGAAAGAAGAAAGAAGAAAAGCCCAAUGGAAAGAUCCCAGAGCCUGAAAAAAUUCAAGAGGAAGCUGAAGCUGAAGCUGACACAGUCAUUGAGCCUGCUGCAGCACCACUUGUAGCUGCUGCUCCUGUUCUUGCUCCUGCCCCCGAGCCCGUCCAUGCUGUGGAGGUCAAACCAACUGCAGUCCCAGCAGACACCGAGCCCAAGACUGCCACGGAACCAAGCCCAGCUCUUACUGAGGCUUCGCCUGCACCCUCACCUAAAGAGAAAAAGAAGAAGAAGGUGGCUAAGGUCGAGCCUGCCUCUACCCAGUCAACUCCAGUCGUGGCUGUCCCUGUACCAGUCAAGUCCUCCACAGUCCCUGCAUCCACCUCAGCCCCUGUGUCUGCCCCCACAAAAGCAACCUCUGCAUCUGCCCCAGCUAAGUCUGCCCCUGCCUCAAAUAAAUCUGCCUCUGCAUCAGUUAAGUCUGCAUCUGCCCCUGCCCCAGCCAAAUCUGCCCCCGCACCAGCCAAGCCUGCUGCAGCCCCAGCCAAGUCUUCAUCAGCUCCAUCCAAAACUACCCCAGUGCUGGAGGCUGUCACUAAAGAAGUUCCAGUGAUGGCGGUGCCGCCAGUAGGAUCUCAGCAGGCUCCUGCUGUUACUGGAAAAGCACAGGAGCCCAAGAAGAAAGCCUCUAAGAAAAAGAGUGAGCCUGUGGCAGCUGUGGAUUCUGCAGAUGCUCCGCUGUACCUGCCUUACAAGGCGCUGGUGUCCACCAUCACUAGCAUGCCGUUCAGUGAAGCAGAGGCCCAUAGGCUAAUUGAGAUCCUCUCUGAGAAAGCUGGCAUCAUUCAGGACACUUGGCACACGGCCACUCAGAAAGGAGACCCAGUGGCCAUACUGAAGAAACAACUAGAGGAGAAGGAGAAACAGCUGGCAGAACAACAAGAGGAAGCCUCUACAGCAAGGAACCGCAUCAGAGAACUCACGAAGGACCUAACUGCUGAGAGGUCCAAGGUGGCCAGUGUGGAGACAAGGCUGAGCUCCCAGCUGAGUAAGAGGCAGCAAGAAAUGAACGCUCUGCAAGAUCGCAUGAAGGACAGUCACCAGGACCAUCUAGCCACAACUCAGAAGCUUAAUGCAAAGAUCCUCAGCCUGCAGGACCAGCUGGAAAAUGGCCCCAAUGCCCAGCUGGCACGUCUAGAGCAGGAGAACAAGAUUCUCCGCGAUGCUCUCAACCAGGCCACCAGUCAGGCUGAGAGCAAACAAAAUGCGGAGAUGGCCAAGCUGCGCCAGGAAUGCACAAAGUUAACCAAGGAACUUGGAGAGAAGACAGAAAGUCUGCUUGCCGAUGAGCACACCAGAAAAGGGCUGGAGGCUAAGGUCUCCACUACUGAGGAGCAGCUCUCCCGGCUGCAGGCCAGCCAUUUGGAGAGUGAGCAGGCGUUGCAGAGGAGAUUGGAGGAGGUAUGCGAGGAGCUUCGAACAGCACAGAGCAGAAACGACAGCCUGCAGGCCACUUUGGAUCAGACUCAGCAGGACAGCAGCUCACUGUCAGAAUUGCAGGUGCGCAUUGAGAGAUUGGAGGCUGAGAUCAGGGAGCGCUCUGCUCAGCUGGAGGAGACGCAUGCAGAGAAAAUCCAGCUUGAACAGCAGCUGGCCUCUAUCAACUCACUGCUGGAGGCCAGUCAGACCAAAAAGGAGGAGGAUAGCAAUCAGGGAAAUGAUGCAGAACUGGAACAGCUAAAGCUCAGCCUCCAGGAGAGAGACAACCAGCUGAGCACUCUUCAGGAUGAACUGAAGCAACUGCAGGUGAAGCAGGAAGCUGCUGAGAACAACAUUGUUGAGCUAGAGCAAAGAAAUAAGAGUGAGGAUGCCAGCCUUAUAGCAUCACUUCAGGAUGAACUUAAAAACCUCAAAGAAGAGAUGGUGCAACUCAAAAACACACCACAGUCAGAUAACUCUGCAGAGCUCGGAUUACUACAGAAGAGCCUGACUGAGAAGGAUGCCCUUGUCACAUCAAUACAAGAGGAGCUGAAAGAACUGAGAGAAAAGCAGACAAAUGAUGCACAGAACAAGAUGGCAGAACUGACUGCUUUCCAAACUGAAACCAAAACAACUCUACAGACGCUCUUCCCACAGAUACCUGUAGAAACAGAACAGUUCAACUGGUUACAAGUAUUUACACAGAGAGCUCAGGAGGCUCUGAGCCAGCAGAGCCAGCAGAGCCAGGAGCCUGAGUCCAGCACAGCACUGCCUGAGUUGCUUGAGAAACUGAAGGAGGCUGAGGAGAGCCAUAGCACACUGCAGGCUGAAUGUGAUCAGUACAGGACGGUCCUGGCUGAAACGGAAGGAAUGCUGAAACAUCUGCAGAAGAGUGUAGAGGAAGAGGAGCUGGUAUGGAAGUCCAAGAUGGCCAACUCAGAGGAACAGCUGAGGAUGGCUGAGGAGAAGGCCAGCAAACUGGAGGCAGAAAACCAAAGUGUAGAACAGUUGAAGGAGCAGGUGAUGCUUCUUGAAGCCCAGCUGGAGAAGCAGUCAGACAGCCAGGGGGCCACAGAGGAAAUGGAGCAGCUGAAGCUGCAGCUCUCAGAGUGUCAGAGCCAGCUGGAUUUGGCCCAGAAGGAGUCCCAGGCACACAAGGAGGAGCUUACACAGGUCAGAGAGCAGCUGGGCGAGAUCACGAUGCGGGCUCAACAAGAACAGAAUGGCCUUGCUGACGCUCAACCCAGUCAGGUACGGAACGAGUUGAGUCAGUCAGCUGAGAACCUGCACAAGGAGGUGGCUCAGAGGCAGCAGCUCUCAGAAGAGUUUGAGCAGGCCCAAAAGACUAUAACAGAACUUCAGGCUCAGCUGGAUCUUCUGAAGGAUUCUGCAGAGUCGCCUCAAGCUGACACUGAGGAUCUUGCACAGCUUAAGGAGCGCCUGGAGAAGGAGAAGAAGCUGUCCAAAGACCUGGGCCAGGCAGCCACCAAGCUCCAGCAGCUUCUUAAAGCCACACAGGAGCAGCUGACCAAAGAGAGAGAGACAGUGAGAACACUACAGGAGCACCUGGAAGGACAGGAGGAAUAUGUGGAGCUGAAGGAAGGAACAUCUGUCUGAGAAGCUCACCGCAGACACUACAAAAAUAAACUGCCAAAUAUGCCUUAUGAUUACCAUAGUUAUGCAUUCCAAAACUAUUUCUUUCUUGUACUGUAGUUGAUUGCAUUUGUUGCAACUGUAGGAAUCAAUUGUUUGAUAUGAUGAACAUUUCAAAGAUUAGAGGAGAGACUCCUGCUACAAUCUUUAUUGAUACCCACAUUCCAUCAACGAUUCUGGCUAUGUCAGAAGUUAUUUAUCCCCCUGCCUUAUAUUCCAAACAUUUCCCCAUAGUUCAGUGUUAAAAAGGGAAACCGAUUGUACGUCAAACGUACAUCAACCUGUGCAAUUACUUUGUAUGUCUUUUCUAUGUGGUUGAAUGACGGGAACAUUUUAUGGUUCAGUGUUUCAUUACCUUUAAAGGCCUGCUUUCUUCUGUAGCUGGCUGCCAGUAACACACAUCGAAUUUGUAUGAAUGAAUAAACUACAGUGUAGCUCUAUGUAA